AUGGUACAUGAGAGAAUUCAUACUGGAGAGAAACCAUAUGAAUGCAAGGCAUGUGGGAAAGCCUUUAAUCAUAAUGUCUGUCUUAUUCAACACCAGAGAAUCCAUACUGGAGAGAAACCUCACGAAUGUAAUGAAUGCGGGGAGGCUUUUAUUCAGAUAACGCACUUUAUUCAACAUCAGCGAAUUCAUAGUGGCGAGAAACCUUAUGAAUGUGAUGACUGUGGUAAAGCCUUCAGUCAUAAUUCAUCCCGUAUGGUGCAUCAGUUUAUUCAUACAGGAGAGAAGCCCUGUGAAUGCAGGGAAGCCUUUAGUCACAACUCUUCCCUCAUUGUCCAUCAGCUUAUUCACACUGGAGAGAAAUCCUAUGAAUGUAGUGAAUGUGGCAAGGUCAUUAGUCAGAGCUCACACCUCUAUCAACACCAGAGAACUCACACUGCAGAGAAACCUUACACCUGUAAUGACUGUGGCAAAGCCUUCAGCGAUCGAUCAGCCCUUAUUCAACAUCAGAGAACUCAUCCUGGAGAAAAACCCUACAAAUGUAGAGAAUGUGAUGAAGCUUUCAGCCAGAGCUCAACUCUCAUAAAACACAAAACCCACAUGGGAGAGAAACCUUACACCUGUAAAGAUUGUGGGAAAGCAUUCAGCCAGAGUUCAUCCCUGAUACAACAUGAGAAGAUUCAUACCGGACGGAAACUGUUUGAUUGCCAUGAGUGUGGGAAAGCCUUCAGUUGA